AUGUCCCAAGAUAACCAACAGGCAAAAUCGACUAAGGCUAAAUCAAACUCCGGAGGAUCGGAUUCUGGCUCAUCGGAAGGGAAGUCUGGUGGCUCAGUAAAGUCGGGAAGCAAAUCUCCAAAGAGCGUAUAUUCAGACUAUUCGGCCUACGACAGUGGAAUGUCAUCCAAUAUGGGGAGCAGAGAGUUCGUAAGGGAAAUGUAUGAAUUUGCAGAUAGUCACCCUAUGGAUAAGUUGACUAAAGAAAUUGACACAUUGAAAAAUGAGUACAUAAAAGUGAAGGAUGAAGAAGAAAAAGCUCUGGAAGAGGAACAUAAGGAAAUUCAAAAUAAGAGAAAAGAAGAACGAUUAAAGAUGCUGGCAGAAAGCGAUGUGGAUGAAAAGAAGUCUAAUGAUGAAGUGGAUUUUUUAAAGGAGGAUCAUACAGAUACCAAAAUUAGAGGUGGAUUUACAGAAUUCCUGAGUAAUUUGAACCCAUUUAAAAAACCAAUCCAACCCAUGAAAAAGGAAAUAUUAUUGGAUACCUAUCUUCCCGGAAUGUUGAUACAGAAAGAAAGAAUCAUGAAGGAUUUAGGCAUAACUCAUAAAUAUGAACCAUACCCACAGACCAUACUUCACACCUGUCCAAACAGUGUCUUCUUCUUUGACAGUAUUGAACGCUUACGACAGGAAUUAGAUAGAAAUAAUGAAAAGGAAUCUAUUACUAACAGGAUCUUAGACCAUAAUAAUGAAUGCCUUAAAAAUUUCGGAUUAUUCGAUUUCGAACUACCAGACAAUAAAACAAAAUUUGGAAAUGUCAUUGGUUCUAUUGGUGAGUAUCAUGUCAGGUUGUACGAACUUGAGAAUGAUUUGAUAAAAUAUCAACCUGAUUUAGAUUAUAUUACACUCGCUGAUGAUUACAAGUUGGCACAAAAUGAUAUGAACACUUUAGAAAAUAUCAAUUUCUGCCUAUUAAAUCCAAAAACCUUGGAAAAUUUUCUCAAAAAAAAAGAAAUCAUGCAGCUUAUGGGAGAAGACCCUGUUGCAUAUGAUGAGAAAUUUACAAAAUAUAUGGAAGAAUCUAUUAAUUGUCACCUGGAAUCUUUAAUUUAUGAUGAUUUGGAUUCAUCACAAGAUAUAAAAAUUGUGUUGAAAAAUGUCAAGUCUAAAUUAUAUUUGCUUCAAAAUGGCUUAUCUUACAAAAGCAAAAAAUUAAUUAACAAAAGAUUUAAUGAAAUCCAGAAAGAACCAGAUGCCCUUUUCGAAAAACUCACAUGGAUUUUUGAAAAUAUGUACAACAUUAAAAGAAACUACACCUUUUUUGCAUUCAAAACUGUUUGUGAUAGAUUUGUUUCCCGAUAUCAUAUCCUAUCCGCCUACCAAACAAUGACUACCUAUAUUAUGGAAUAUACUCGACUUUACGGGUCGUGCUUUAAAAACAUAAUAAUUUACAAUGCAGUAAUGUCGGGCAUACACGAACAGAUGAAGAAUUUAUUUAAAUUAAUGCCAAGAACUCCCAUGCUUUCCAGUAUGCACUUCGAGUCCAUACUACCAAAAGAGAAUAAAAAAAUCAAACGAACGGAUUAUGUUCAGAAUGAGUACGAUCCUAGUAUCAAAGCUUUUGCUCUUAACCAACUGGAAAGACUACCUAUGGUUAGUGUCAUUAACAGUUUCUUCGAGGCAAAGAAAAAAGAACUAUCAAAAAAGAUUGCUCAAAUGAAGUUAGAUUUAUUUUCACUCACAAAUGAAGACCUCAAAAUACCAAAGGACAAUGGGCCCAAUUCCAAGUUGACUGCCAAACUUAUCAGUAUAUACAAGUCGGAAAUUAAAAAGUACUUCAAGGAAAUGCGUGAUGAUUAUAUUUACCUCAUAAAGACACGCUACAAGAGUCACUACAAAAAGAACUAUUUGCUCUACAAGAGAUUGGAGUAG